AUGGAGGGCGGGCGGGCCCCGCCGUGGGAGGCGCGGCUGGCGGAAGCCGAAGCGGGCCGGACCGAGUACCGCGAGGCCGCCCGGCUGCUGGCCCGGCGCAACGCGGAGCUGCUGCAGCGGCAGCGGCACUCGGAGAGGGAGGCGGCGGCCGUGCUGGCGCUCCUCGCGGAGCAGGGCCGGGAGAGGGCGGCGGAGACUGAGAAACUGAAGAAGGAGCUAAUUGAUUUGAAACAGCGAACACAAGAAGAGAACAGGAAACUGGAAGACUAUUAUACCCAACAAAUAAAAGAACUGGAAGAGAAAUUUCAGAAAAAAGUUGGAGAAAUCAGCCAAAUUCAAGUAGAAUUGAAUUUAAUAAAGGAAUUCCACAGGGAGAAAGCAGCUAUGGAGGAAGAGCUGGAAGAUCUAAAGAAGAAUAUCAAGAUCUCAAACAGGAGACAUCAGGAAGAGGUUGUGCGACUGGAGAGGAGGUUUCUUGAAGAGAAGAAAAGACUAGAAGAAGAUGCUGAGAAGAAGAUAAUGAUGACAAGAGAGGCUGCUCGACACGAAGCUGUUUUGCAGCUGAACAGCGUUGAGAGACAAGUUUUUAAAGAGAACAUUCAUCUUCAUGGUGCUUCAUCUUCUCACCUGAAGGAGGCAACGGAGUUGCAGAAAAUGAAACAGAAGUUAGAGGAGGAUAAAAUUCUUCUGUCACAGGAAAAGGAAAUCACUGAGAGUUUGAUGAGAAAAAAGAUCCUACAGAUCAACAAGCAGAAAGCACAGAUAGGAGAUCUGCAACAUAAAGUGGAAAAACUGGAGAUGGCCUUAUGUCACAAGACUAAGGAAUUUGAGACAAAGACUCAAAAAACACAGCAUCAGGCACUGAUAGAAAACCAGGCUAGCAUGGUCGAGAUCAAGAAACUGCAGCACCUGCUAGAAAUGAAGGAUCAGGAGAUGAACCGAGUGAAGAAACUAGCUCGGAAUAUCUUAAAUGAGAGGACUGAAGUGGAAAGGUUCUUCCUGGAUGCUCUGGAACAUGUGAAGAGGGAGAUCAUAGCCAGUAGAAAACACUAUAAGGAAAUGGCCCAGGCUGUUUAUUACAGGAAAAUGAUGGAGGCGUGUGCAGGGAAGGAAGAGUUUCCCGAAAUCAAAACAUUUAAUAGCAACGUGAACAGCACAAAUAGUGUGUACAGAGACCUAGAAGAAGCAGAGAAAUGCUACUGGGAAAAUACCCAGUUUAAAAAAGUAGAUAUCAGUGAGUUGACAUGGGAACAAAAAGAGCGUGUCCUGAGAUUACUUUUUGCCAAAAUGAAUGACACAAAUCUAUGGAAAUACAGGAGAGAUCUGGCUACUUCAACUCCAGCUCCUGCUGAUGCUAACAAAGAAAGUAUAGCUGGAAUUCUUGCAUCUGUCUCCAAUAUUUGAGUUCCACCGCUGCCUGCUCAUGCGUUUCUCCACUCUAACUUCUCAGCAUGUGAGCUCUGCCCCAGGGCUCAUACAACAGGAUUUCUGCUGGCUUUCCAUGCGUUGAGCCCCAGGUACUCAAAACACGGGCCCGCCAGUCAAAUCUCAGGAGCUCUGCACAUAUAUGAUAGGGGCUAAGACAGAGGUCUUUCCAAACCUCUCUAACAGCAGUAGGAUCAGAUGCUCAAACAGCUCUAACACCUCCACUAGCACACACCACAACGCAUACAUACUCCAAUCCAACAAGAGCUAUUAUUACCUUCAUGCUGUCCAUGGAUGAUAUUCAGAGUCCCAUCUGGGGCACCAGCAUCUUGAAACAGCUUGGCAAGGAACAUGAGUGCACCUGGCACACGCUCAGAAGGUUUCAUCAAGAAUGUGUUUCCACAAACCAUAGCCAUGGGAAACAUCCAGAGAGGAAUCAUCGCUGGGAAAUUGAACGGUGCAAUGCCAGCACACACACCCAAAGGCAGACGGUAGGUGCAAGUGUCCAUGUCUUUAGUGAUGGAGGGCAUGGUCUCUCCCAGUAUGAGAGAUGUCACACUGCAAGCGUGUUCAACCACCUCUGCAGCAGAAAGGGCAACAUGCCACUGGGUGAUCUGUUAACGGUCACUCCCCAUACUCCCUUCUCAGCACUACCUUGACCCAAGUCCUUCUUCCAGCCACGACUUAAAACUCAUUGUGCUCCAGAAAAUCCCUCUGCUCUCCCAAGCACUGUGAGCUCACUGUGAAUGGAUUCUCUCCUGAGUAUGCUAUACACCACUGUGAUAGAAGCACAGAUUCAACAGCCCCAGUAAAAGUAGUACAGAUGUAGUUUUAAUGUACCAGCUGGGAUUCAACCUCAGACAUUUCAGCACAAGUGAGAAGUUCCUAUCUCUUUGCAGCAUUCAGUACUCACUCCUAGGAAAAUAAAGGAUCAAACAACUUGGAAGUGACUUAAGAACUCUACCUAAGGGAACUUCUCAAGUUGGAGUUACAACUGCCCUUCUUUUUCAGAAGGAAGUUAUGAGGGGAGCUAGAUGUACAAACUCCAAGAGCAAACAGUUGCUCAGGAGAAUUCCUCCCUUCCUGUGGGUUCUGAAAGCCCCUUUUGUAACAGACGGAGCCAGCAGCUUACGGAGGCCUCGGAACACAUCUCCCUCAGCGUCAGCCAGGGUCUUCCCUUGCUCAAAGGUGAUGAGUUUUGAAAUUUCUUUCUGAAAAUGGAAAACACAAAGUUUAUGAAUGUUAGGAAAAUGCCUGCCCGUGAAGAAGGGCUCAGGGAUAAGUUUAACAUCUACUGAAUAUUACGGUCUGAAUAGAUCCUGGGAAAGCCGACAAGGGCUGGACAAGAAGUCAAUGAGCUACACAAGUGAUAUUGUAAAAAAACCACCAAAACCAACAAACAACUGUGGGCUGGCUUAUAUUCUAUUGCUUUCAUGUGUCACAACACAGACACAGAAAAACCUGGGGAAUCCAAAAAUACACUUCUCUCACUUGUCUUUGUCAACUGGCACAUUCUCCACCAAGGUCCUCCUGUGGUAUUUUGGUAAAAGAAACAAAUGCAGAAUAAUAUUCCCUAAGAAGUACUGCUUCUGUGUCUGCUUCGGCCUGGAGAGUGCUUUGCUACCUCUCAGUGAUGGUGACUCUGUCAGCUCCUCACUUACAGCAACAACACCUUAACAGCAACUCAGUUAAUGAUUAAGUCUCUCAAUUUUGUUCACAGUCAGCUGCAAUGCAUUCAGCAACAGCCAUCACACAUAGCCUCAGUGUCUCACCAGAUUGUCUUUGAUGAGCUGUUGGUAACGCAGGAAGAUUU